CAACGGCCUCGCGUUUUAGAGUAAACCUUCUUAUAAUUGAAUCUUUUAAUUGUUUAACUAUUUAAUUGUUAUUAAACCUAUCACAGUGUUUAAACGAGAGUCCUUAUUAGUUUUUUAAUUUUACAUUAUUAAACAACUUUGUCACGAACUAUAGUUACCAUGGUAACGUGGCGCGCGUGAAGGGUUAAAUGAGAGAAGGCGAGGGGUUUCCCAGCGCUUUGAGUGCGCGCCUCGCUACUUUUUGUUCAGACUCUAGCAGACACGUUGAACGACGUGACAGCUGUUCAUCAGACCUUCCUUGCGACUUUACACAAAAGAGAGCUGCAGCCAUGGGGAAAGGAUGCAUUACAGCAACCAAAUACUUCCUGUUCUUGUUCAACCUCUUGUUCUGUCUUUUUGGAGCUGUAAUAAUGGGAUUUGGACUAUGGGUCUUGCUGGAUAACCAAAGUUUCAUCACGGUUUUGCAGGAGUCAUCCACCACACUGAAGGUUGGUUCCUACAUUUUGAUUGGUAUUGGCUCACUGUCAAUGCUUAUGGGAUUCCUGGGUUGCAUCGGUGCCAUUAAUGAGAUCCGCUGUCUGCUUGGACUGUACUUCACCUGCCUCCUUCUCAUCCUCAUCGCCCAGGUGACGGCUGCUGUUCUCAUCUACUUCCAACGAGAUCUGCUAAAGCAUGAGAUGUCCACUAUUGUGAACAAGAUUCUGGUGAACUACAAUGGUCAUAAUAACACAUCAGAGCAUGCCUGGGAUUACCUUCAGAGAACGAUGGGGUGCUGUGGUUGGACUGGACCAUUUAACUGGACUGAUAACAUCUUGAUAAAGAACAGUUCGAAGUUUCUGUAUCCAUGCUCCUGCAGAAAUGAAUCCAUCAGUGGGACAGAUUUAAUGGAAACUGGCCUGUGUGAGGGUUUGUCCAAUGACUGGCCUGUCUUCACUAUGGGCUGUAUAUCCAAGGUGGAAGACUGGCUCCUAAGGAACUGUGGAGUUAUUCUUGGAGUCUGUGUUGGAAUAGGAGUGAUUGAGCUUUUAGGGAUGAUCCUGUCCAUGUGCCUCUGUAAGAGUGUUCAACAGGAGGAUUACACCAAAGUACCUAAAUACUGAGAGCAAACCCCCCUUCUACAGUGACUCAUACUUAUGGGAAAACACCAGUGUUACAAUCACUCCACGCCAACAGAGCAACUGGAACAAACCAGAGCACAUUUCCCCACAUGAUGCACACAACCGGUUGUGUGUGUAUGAGAUACAAACACACAUAUGACGAGCCUUUUAAAUAAAUAUGUCACCAUAUUCAAUUGAGAAGUUUUAUGAUGGGAUUAUGAAUUUUCAUUUAAAGAAACUAAAGAUAUUUAGAUCUUUUACAAGAUUGCUCUUCAAGGUCUAAAGCAGGUGGCUAUAUAUUUUACUUUUAGUCUUGAAGAUAUGCAGUACGUUGACCGUUUUUAGACUUUGAUGCUGUUUAUUAGUUCCGAGAGCACUUUAGUGAAUAGUUGGCGAAGAGAUCCGAGCAACAUUUUUAGGGAGGGCAAAACGCUUGUUUUCUCUUCAACUUUUUUUCUGUUAUCUGUGAGGAGAAUUGUAUAGUUUCAAUUUGGUUAUGUAUAUUUCACCAUGAAUGAAACUACUUCAAUUAGGUUUCUUCUUUCUGAAUAACUAUAUUCUAGUUAUCACAGCACUUAAUGGUGACUUCACCGCCCGUGUUUCAGAAGGGUUGGAGUGGAUGUUAAUAGCAGGGGUGGGGUCACUCAGGGUGGGAUCAGGUGUGGUGAAGUUAAAGAUGGCUGCGGUAUAGAAAUGGAAGGGCAGAGCAGACGACUGCAGGAUGGUAUUGUGCUUCUUGUGGUUUACGUGUGUGGCGGUCUCUGUGGAUCAGGGUGUGUAUGUGAAGUUAGGUUGGGUCCUUUUGCUGUGUUAGUGUGGCUACAACAGAUGUUAAAUUAUGUCUUUAACAAGCAAUGGAUGUAAAGCUGACUGAUUAUAAAUCCAGAUCUAUUCACGUAGAUGGGAAAUUUGCGUUAUAGACCCAUUUCAGCUCAUCUACACGAUGAUGAGGAGACUGAGUUUUUUUGUCUUUCUUUAUUGUUCCUUCUUUUUGCCAUUUUCAUAUCUAUGAUUUUAUUAUUUUAUGCAAAGGUUCAAGUAAGCUUUAGCUUUUUAAAUUAAGUGAGUCUGGCUUUUGUUUCUAUCGGUGUUGUUCUCUCGUGUUUCUGAAGAAUAGUUUUGGCUGUUUUAGUGUUGUAUCAACAGUGUUGCAUUUUUUUCUGUAUGGUCAUUUACAAACACUAGAAGCCAUUUUACUCGUUGGGUUGAAAGGGUUUUUGGCAAAUGUACUCAACAAACCAUUUCAUUUGUAUUUUGCUGGUAAGGGAGAAGAAAAUUAAACUGUCAGUUUAGAGAAUUCAUUUUUGUUUGUUUCUUUUUUAAUGUUUUAUUAUGUUUUAAACUUUCCUGGACUUUUUAUAUUCAGUUGUGUCGGGCUGCUUUUGACCGAAUUAAUAUCUUUACAUGGUCUUUACCAUCGUUUACUAAUAAAAAGUAAAUGUUUUCAUCAGUAAAACGUACAGACGUUGGGAUAAUUUUGUAUUUUUUGGUAAAGUGUAGAUGAAGGGCUUUUUUAUAUUUACGAUAUUUUUCUAUUUCACAGAGAAGCUAUGUUUGUGUAAUGAGUUUCAAGGGCCAUUUACGUAGGCUAGUACAAAACACUUGUCUAUGCAAUAGUUAUGACUUUGAUUAAAAGGAACUUCAACGUAA